CCUCGGCGUGCGGUUGCCAUGGCGGCGCGGCCCGGGCUGCAGCAGGAGGCGGCGGCGCUGGCGGGCGCGGUGCGCGGCGCGCUGGGGCCGCGGGGCGGGCGGGCGCUGCUGGUGCGGCCCGACGGGCGAGCGCUGCUGACGCGGGACGGGCGGCGCCUGCUCGAGGCGCUCAGUCUGCAGCCGCCCACGGCCAGGCUGAUGGCGGCCUGCGCCUGCCGCCACCAAGGCGCGACGGGGGACGGCGCCAAGACGUUCGUGCUGCUGCUGGCCGCCGUGCUGGGCGCGAUGCGGGAGGACUGCGUGCGGCGGGCGGCGCGGGCGCUGCCGGCCUUCGAGCGGCGGGUGCUGGAGCGCGCCGUGGCGCGGGGCCUGCGGCCGCACCUCCGCAGCGCCUUCCCCGCGGGCGGGCUGGGGGCGGAGCUGGAGGCGGCGGCGCUGGAGGCGCUGCUGGAGGCCUACCUGCGGGGCCGGCUGGGGCCGGGCGAGCCGCGCCGCCUGGCGCUGCUGGGCUGCGAGCUGUGCGCCCGCUGCGGGGCCGCCCGCCCGCCCGCGCUGCGCCUCCUGGGCCGCCGCUUCCCGCAGCUGCACGCCGCCGCCGCCGGGCUGCCCCUCGCCAGCUCCAGGGUCCUGCCCGGCAUCCUGCUCCGCAGGGACUUCGCCGCCUACUGCCCGGCCACCGGCCGGCUGCGCGCCGUGCUGGUCACCCGCUGCCUGAGGCCUGCGCUCACGGCCCCCGGCGUGGAGUGCGCGGUGCGCUCCGAGCGGCAGCACCGGGCCGCGCUGCGCUGGUGCGGCGAGAGAACGGAGGCCGUGAUGGAGCGCCUGCGGAGCGGCGGCGUGAGGCUGCUGCUGUCCGGCGUGAAGCAGCACGAGGAAGUGAUCUACUACGCGAAAUUACACGGUGUGUCUGUGGUGGAGUGUUUGUCAUCGGAAGAAGUGGCCCUUAUCUCUGAAAUCACGGGAGUCUUGCCCUAUGACCCUGCUGGUGAUAGCGUGCAGAGGGAGGUCACGGAGGCUGCGGUGGCAACCUUCUGCCAGCCCCUGCUGCUGGGCUCCCAGCGAUACGUGCACGUCGGCUUCAGCGGCACGGGCACCUUCCAGCCCCACUGCCUGGUUCUGUGCGCGCCCGUAGAUGCUGUUAACGAGCAGCACGCUGCCGCUCUGCACGGGGCCUUCACCAUGCUGCUGCAGCUCUUCAGAGCAGUAGAUCAGGAGUGCGGAGCUGAGGGUGAGAGCCAGAACAGUGCCUCAGGUGUUGGGAGCGGGUGUUCUCCAGCUACUGAAAUGCAGCUCAUAACAGAAAGUAUUGUUUGUGAUAGCAGUCAGGUUUUUGAGCAUCAGCUGGGAGUGUGCAGGAGUGAAACAGCGACACAAAGUUCAGAUCUUGCUUUGCAAGAAAGCCAGCAAGCAGAUUGUACACCAGAAGCCUCAGCUCCUGUCCCACACAGCAAGGAGCUGAAUGUCUGCACCAAUGGGGCUGACUCAGCAGGGACAUGCAAACUGCACGCGCUGUGCGAGCAUGCAGAUGGGAUGCAUGAGAGCCACCCAAGGCACCUAGCAGUGGGCAGUCACCGGAAUUACAGCACUGCUGUAACAUCAGACAGUGCCAGCACCGCUACCCCGUGUGGGCACCUAGGUGUCGGUAAAGGCCUAGAGAAGACGGGCUGCGGUGCUGCACAGAGUUGUUCCAGCUCCAUCCUAGAAGCAGGAUCAGUUCUGCCGGUAGGAGGUUACUUUGAAAUCCUAUUACAUUAUUAUAUUCAGCUCUAUGCAAAGCAGGUUCAGCAGUCAGCAAUUGCUGUCAUAUCUAAUGUAGUUGCUGAUGCUUUGUUAAGUAUUCCAAAGGCUUUAUAUGGAACAGAACGGAACAGUUUUACCAAAUUUUAUCUCGAAACCACAGAAGCACUCAGGAAGAAUCAGCCCCUGCCUGUGAAUGAGGAAGGCUUGGAGUCAGUUUACUGCAAAUACCAGCUGGUAACUUCAGUUCUUCAUUGUGUUGCAGAGCUUCUCAAUAUUGAUUUAAUCAUUGGUGUUAAGCGGCCACUGCAGAAAAUUGAGGAUAAUGACUCGGAUGAUGAUUUCUGAAAUUGUAAAUAAAAAUGUUUUUGAUAAUGCA